GUAGCAAAAAGCAACUGCGGAGUCAGGGUGAGAGCAGUGCAGUAGUGACAGAGCAGCACUUCAGGGCUUCGGAUCCACUUGGUGCUGGUGACUGGGGCCAACCAGGGCAUUGGCCUGGGGCUGGUCCAGCACUUCCUGGGGAUGCCAACCCCCCCGCAGUGGGUCUUUGCAGCCUGUCGGGCCCCCACGGAGCAGCGGGCACAGGAGCUGCAGCGUUUGGCCUCCAGGCACCGGAACCUGGUCAUCAUCCCGCUCGAAGUCACCGACCCUGCCAGCAUCAAAGCGGCUGCAGCCCAAGUCGGAGAGCGCUUGGGGGGCUCGGGGCUCACCCUCCUCAUCAACAAUGCAGGAAUGGUGGUAUUGAAUGCGCUUGAUAAGGAGACACUGGAGGACAUGACCCACGUUUACACCACCAACACGAUUGGGCCCUUGUUGAUGGGCCAGGCAUUCCUGCCCUUGCUGAAGAAGGCUGCCCAGGGCAGCCCUGGCUCACUGCUGAGCUGCAGCAAGGCAGCCAUCAUCAACAUGUCCAGUCACGGAGUUUCCAUCUCUUUUCCUGCUGGUUGGGAUCUAAUGCAGAUUGUCUCAUACCGCUGCAGCAAGGCUGCUCUGAACAUGCUGACCAAGUUCCAGUCCUUGACGUACAAGGAAGAUGGUGUCCUCUGUGCUGCUUUCCACCCUGGAUGGGUGCAGACUGACUUGGGGAGCUCUGCAGGACACACAGGCAGGCUGGUCCCUUCCCAGUCGAGGAAGGCUCUGGAAGUGUCCUGCGAGAGGCUGGCCAGCACAGUCAGGAUGCCACGCAUGCUGUGCUCCACCAUCAGCGGUGCCUGCAGAGGGGACAAGGUGCAGCAUCAAUGCCAUGGGCUGUAACCAGCAUGGAAAGCAGCCAGCUUUCAGAGAUGACCUUUAGAGAAGCUGCAUGGAGACCUCGGAGCAGCUUUCUAGCAUGUGAAGGGGGCUGCAAGGAUGCUGGAGAGGGACUCUUCAUUAGGGACUGUAGUGAUAGGACAAGGGGU